GUUUCAAGACCUCCUGUCAUUGAUAUCAGUGAUCACGUUCGCUACAAAAGCGACUGUGGAACGACUGAGUGUUCAUCAGUUCUGCCAUCUUCAGGGCUAGUAACUUCCACGUAUUACCUCAACGGUCGCAUCAACUUAUCGAAAUGGCAGCAGCAGUAAUGAAGAUUGGAGAGAAGAUCAUUGAAGGCAAGACAAAGAUUGUUUAUGCUCUCCCUGACUCUCCCGAUGGCAACCAUGUACUCCUUAAAUCCAAGGAUAAGAUCACUGCCUUUGACGCCACCCGCAAGGAUGAAAUGUCAGGCAAAGCAGCCCAGAGUACAGCAACUACCUGCGCCAUCUUUGAGAUGCUUAAGGCAUGCGGGUUGAAGACCCACUUUGUGAAGCGGUGUGAGUCCGACCCUGAGGCAUUCAUUGGAAUUGCAUGCGAAAUGAUCCCCCUAGAGGUUGUGUGUCGCCGUAUUGCCACUGGCUCAUUCCUGAAGCGCUACCCAGGUGUGAAGGAGGGGUACAGGUUCACUCCUCCAAAGCAAGAAUUUUUCUUGAAAGAUGAUGCCCAGCAUGAUCCCUUCUGGACCUACGAGCAGUGUGUUGAGGCUGCAUUUGAGAUAGGGGGAAGAAAGAUCGGCAAGCAUGAGCUGGACAUUAUGAGCGAGUCUGCAAUUGCAAUCUUUGAAAUCAUUGAGCGUGCUUGGGCAACUGUUGAUGUGGCCCUGGUUGACAUGAAAAUAGAGUUUGGUGUCAACCGCAAGACCGGAGAGUUGAUGCUAGCUGAUGUGGUAGACAACGAUUCCUGGCGUAUCUGGCCUUCUGGUGACAAGCGUCUGAUGCGUGACAAGCAGGUCUACAGGAAUCUGCCAGAGGUCACUCCUGAGGCUCUUGAACAGGUCAAGAAGAACUAUGCCUGGGUUGCUGGUGAGAGCCAGAAACUCAACAAACACAACCCUGGUCAUGUUGUUGUCUUCAUGGGCUCUGCAAGCGACAUUGAUCAUUGUAAGAAAAUUGAAGCUGCUCUAAAAUCUUUCAAUGUGCCAUGUGACCUCAGAGUUAGCUCUGCCCACAAAGGUAGCGAAGAUACUCUUAAGGUGCUGAGGGUCUAUGAGGGGCAGGGAGUACCGAUUGUUAUUAUUGCUGUGGCUGGUCGUAGUAAUGGCCUUGGACCAGUCCUCUCAGGCAAUACUUCCUUUCCUGUUAUAAACUGCCCCCCAGUAUCCAGUGGCUGGGGUGCAGAAGAUGUCUGGUCGUCUCUUCGUCUGCCGUCUGGUCUUGGCUGCACUACGGCUUUGAACCCAGAUGGCGCUGCUGCCGCUGCAGCUCAAAUUCUCGGCCUCCAUGACCACAUCAUUUGGGGAAGCCUGAGAGCUAAGAGGCUCAAUAUGGCAGUGGGCCUACGUGAGGCAGACGACAAACUUGUCUCAGGAAAGUGAACUAUGACAUGGGAACAAUUUCAUUCUUAGGAUUAUAAUGGAUUGCAUGUCUUCUGUAUCCAUUAAUGCUUUUGCUACAUGUAAUGCAUGCAUUGUUCAAAAAGAGAGAAUUCACAAACAACACAAUGUAUCAAAUUGCUUGAAAUAAAUCAAUAAUAAUUUGUGCUUUCAA